UAGUGUUGUCUGCGUCGUGCCGAAAGCUAGUGUUUGUUCACCCUCUUUGUGGUAACUCUAGGCGUUGGUUAAGCGUCCUGUGUAACCCCUGCCUCGUAAGAAAAGGUGGUGUUGCGUCUCCAGCUGACAUGUGGGGUCCCCCAGGGGACCAAGAUGGGUCCUCUAUGCUUCCUCCUCCUCAUUAACGACGCCCUCACUGACACCCCCAUCGCUGGAAGUAUGUGGACGACUGCACUGUGGGCGUCCCAGUUUCCACCGAGAACCCGGACUACUCGCCACUGCAAGCGAUUCUGGAGCGGCUGCAGACGUGAACGGAGGAGAGCAGGAUGACCAUCAACCACAACAAAACUGUGGUGAUGCAUUUCUGUACCUCCUCCAUACCAGUGCCCCCUCCCCAGCUCUCAGUGGGCCCUCACCCCCUCCAGGUGAUCCGAUGUGCCAAGCUCCUCGGAGUCACGGUGGACGACCAGCUGACCUGGAAGCAGCAUGUCGCCAGCACCAUAAGAUCAGCUACCUACAGGCUGUACAUGCUGCGCAGACUCAGAUCGCUGGGGACGCCGACAGAUGAGUUAAGGGGGGUGUAUCUUACCUUCAUCCUCCCCAAACUCAUGUACGCCUCCCCAGCGUGGUCCUCCUCCCUCACACAAACUCAACAGCUACAGUUGGAGAGUGUGCAGAAAAGGGCGUGCAGGGUCAUCCUUGGCCCUGCAUACACCACCUAUGAAGAAGCCCUGAACACCCUGAGCCUGUCCAGACUAUCCACCAGGUACCGUGAGGCUGUGGAGAAGUUUGGAAGGGGUCUUCUGAAUCAUCCACGUCUCAGAAACAUGCUGCCGCCUGACUCGCCUCGCCCGACCCGUGCCACGAGACACCACAACAAGAUAACGCCCCUAAAGGCGCCGCGUACGGACCGAGCAGUGAAUGUGGGAAGCCCAGGUGAAGGAGCAAUGCCAUGGCCAGUGCCACCGCCACCGCGGCAGUGGAUUAUCCGCGUCUGAAGCUGUUGUGCAUCUUGGAGGGUCCGGGAGCAGCCGUGCUCUCUUACGCUCUGAAAUGCGGCACAAAGAAGACCGCCUCCACCACCCUCUUGGACCACCUAAAGAACCUCCCGCACACUUCAACGGCCAAUUACCGUGCACUUAAUGGUGAACAGAAGAGGAAGGCUUUUACCAACCUUGAGAAAAAAAAUAUUGCAGAAGAUCCCUCGUGUCAAAGCUUUGAUAUAUCACUUCUCUACAAGUGCAUAAGACUAGCCUGCGAAGAUGUGGCAGGGCUCAGUGAUGCACGCUGGCAAGAUGAUGGAGAGAUGGAGGGCCUGAUCACUAAGAUCAAAGAAGAACGAAACAUUUGUGUGCAUGAAAGGCCUCAUAUGACACAUGAUCAGCAGUUCCUGGACAAAGUUCAGGAGCUCAAGAUUCUCCUCAAUAGAGCCCUUCAGGCUGUCCAGGACAAAUAUGGAGUCUGUGAUGUUGAGACCACAAACGUAAUAAAUACCAUAGCAAGGCAGAUGCAAGAUAUAUUGCAAGCCUUUACUGAAAAUGUUUUAUUAGAAAUGUGCUUUGAGAAACGGCUCCAUUUAUUUAAACAAGUGUCAGUGGGUCACCUGAAGAAUUUUUACAAAAAAAAUGAGUAUUUUGACCCACUGUCCUUUCUUAGUGGAUCCCCAGUAGAACGGGUCCACAUCCAAACCAUAUUUUCAAAACUUGUUCUUAAACAGCAACCAAAGAAUAUUGACAUUGACUGUUUGGGUCUGUUAAAAGUUUUAAGAGAAGAGUUUCAGGGCUCCCAGCCCUCACAGGCUGCCCAGGACCAAAGGCCGCGACUUGCUGUGGUAAGCGGUGUAGCCGGGAGUGGCAAAACCACCCUACUCACUUUCAUUUUGUCCGAAUGGCUCAAAAAAGAGGGUGACUGCCGCAUCACAUAUCUAGAGGAAUUUGAGAUCGUCCUGCGUAUUCUGUGCCGAGACAAAGAUGCUUCCACUCUGGAGACGUUUCUGGGCUUAGUCCUCCCAUCUAGUCUGUUAGUGUUUCAUGAACCUCUCAUGAACUUUUUAAAGCACUGUAAAGUGCUGUUUCUCAUUGACGGACUAGACGAGCUCAACAGCUGUUCCGAUCAGCUGGUGAGUGACAUUCUGAUGGCAAGUAAAUACGCCACAGAUUUUUAUAUUCUCGCCACCUCACGACCGGAGCGAGUGGACCAGUUCUUGGCCCUGACGAGACAGGACUAUCGGCAGUCUCUGAUAUCCAUGCAGGGAAUUCCUGUCGCUGAUAGACAGAGCUUUGCUCUGCAAUACUGCACCUCCACAAACCAGGAUAAGUUGAGGGAGGUCAUAGAAAAAAAAGGCAACAUGCAGUUGUUUGAACUUCCCCUGAACCUAUUAUUUCUGGUUACAUUGUUUGAAGACGAACCCCAGUGCAUUAAGGAAAACACUACCCAGUACAAUUUGUACACUCACAUCCACGAGUGGUGCACAGAAAAGUUGCACCACAGAAUAUCCAUGCACCCCACAUGGGGGAAGAACGAACCAGAGACCCUCAAGACGAGGAUAAAAAGUGUGCUGAAAGAGGUGUACCAAAUGGCACUACAAGGCCUCCUGCAAGACAGAUUGAGCCUCUCGGAUGAGGACAUCAAACGACUGACGGAUUGCUGCAAGAGAGAGGAUCUGCCAAGCCACCAAAUCCUUGGAGCCUUCUUCACUCUGCGGUCGUCCAUCACCAACAGAGUAGUUAAAAGGAAAUACUACACACCACACAAAGGACUGCUGGAAUACUUUGCCGCUCGACAUAUCAUGCAGCACCUUCAUGAUGAAUCCCUCCUAGAACCAGGAGCUAUUAGAAGCCUGCUUCAGGGCGCUGCUCAGCCAAAGACACACCCUCUAGAACCUCGGGGUCUGCGUAACCUUUUCUGCCACGUGGCGGGACUCUUAAGCGAACAAGAGGUCCCAAAACGUCCCGAGACCAUAAAGGAAGUGAUAUACCUGCUAGCAGAGACAGGCGUAGAAUGGGAUGAAUGGCUAUCACUAGUGGAAGACACGGAUUAUAAUGAAAGCUUCCUGCAGGGCAUCGCUCUUCAUGUGACAAAAAAACCUCCUCGUGGCCCAGUAAGGAUAGGAGACAAUAAGUUGGCCAGCGCUGCGGCACUGCUCCCCCGUACACCCGUAACAACGAUGGAACUACACCUGGAGAACGAAAAAGUGAAUAUGGAGAAUGUUUUUGCCUUGAAUGAUCAUCAUUGCCGUGUGUUGUAUCUGCGGCACCAUUACGAGCACCCGAGCCACAUAUUCGCCUCAGACACAGUGCUGCGCGCCAUAAACAGGAGUCGCCUUGUGGGAUUCAGUGGUCACUUGAGCGCUGAUUGCGUGGUGCUACUACCUGAAUGCCUUGAGAAGCUGUACCUGGCGGUAUCUAGUGAUCAACACGCUGCCAGCCUACUAAUGACCAUCACCCGAGCCGCCUCCUCUAUGCCUAAGUUGGGGUGGCUUAGGAUACACGUACCCAUGACGAUGGUAACCCCAGCGGCGAUUUCUACACCACUGCCUAACACAGAAUCGGUGGUCCUUGCCUUGUCUGGCGUGAACAAAAGCCUAAUAAAAGAUACGUGUCAAGUUGCGGCUGCUCUCCAGCCUAGGAGAGGGUAUCAUGGCAUUGGGUUCCCCUGGUGCAGAAUGGAGGCAACAGAGUGGCGGAACCUUUUUCACCUCCUGGCGGCAGCACGGGUCAGGGUAACAGGGGGAGGUAUUGUGAUACCAGCAGAAACCAUCACAAGGGAGGAGUGGCGAGAGCUGGGUGGUCUUGCUAUAACUUUGUGGCGGUGCAGGGUGUGGAGGUACCCUGAUGAGGCAUGUUUCUGGUGAGUCUGAUGAGUCUGAUGAAGAUGAAGAUGAUGAUGAAGAAGACAGGGAGGAGAAGGAAGAGAAAGAGGACAAAAAAAAAACUAUGAUGCUAACAGUUAAACUUUUAUUUGAGUAUUAUCAUGUUAACAUAAAAAUAGUAAUAAUAAUUUCAGUAUUUCAUAUAUUGUUCUUUUAAAUUUUAUUUAAGAGAUAUAUAUGUUUUGAAUGUAUAAUUUAUUUUAAAACUUUUAUUUAAAAGGUUGAGAUUUUUUCUUUUAGGACAUAGGUUAUGGUUAAAAUUUCAAGACUCCUAGUUUUUUUUUUUUUUUUUUUUAUGUUAUAGUAAAACUCAAGAUUUGAUCUUUUAGGAUAAAGACAAAACUUUAAUGUUAAAACAAACAAGAGUUAUUCUCGACAAAGAAGAGUUGUUUUCUUAGAUUACAGUUAAAACUUUACUCUUUUUUUUCAAAAUCAAAAGCAUUGAUUGUGAGACACUUAAAACACA